UUCCUUUGCGUUUGUGAAGUAAGCGCUGCGCUAGAAUAGAACGUAAACGUAUGGCACCACUGUCUCGUCGAUCAUCGCCGUCGUGGUUGGAGUAGACGAAACACAAAUUCCAGGUUGUUUGAUUGAUUUUGGAGAUAUAGAAAAUGGCUUCUACGUCAGGAUUGCCCCCUGCUGAUGUACGUUUGAAAAGGUUUCUUCAUUAUGGUUCAGAAGCUCCAUUGUGUGUACCAGGAGAUCGAUUAUUCCUCAACUGUUUCCUCUUGGAAAAGCUAACUGCUGUGGAGGAAAUGUUGGCUAAUUGUGCUGCUGACAAGCAAGGAGAUGCUGUCAAUCACAUACUUAAAGCAUUUAUGGAUGGAUAUUCUGGGUACCCAGAUUGUCUUAUAUUUGCUUUAGCAGUAUGUGCUACUCAAAGAAGUAGUCAACAGCUAUGUCAUCAAGCAUACAUUGCAGUGAAAAAAAUUUGCAAAACUCCUAAAGAUCUUUUUCUCUUUUGCACCUUUUCAAAGAAGUUAUGCACAUCAACUGGCUAUACUGGAUUUGGAUGGCGGAGAGCUUUGUGCAGCUGGUAUCUCAGUAAAGAACCGUUGGAGUUGGCCACCUGUGUUACUCAAUACAGAGGGGCUCACGGGUUCACUCACAGAGAUCUCUUUAAGUUGUGCCACAUAAAGACAGAUGACAAAGCCAAAAGUACCAUCAUCUGUUAUGUCAUGAAAGGGCUGGAAGCUGCUAAAAUACUGCCUCACAAGGACGAUCCUGAUGUUCAAAAGGUUCUUUCAUACCUUCAGCUUAUAGAAGAUGUUAAGCAUCAGACAGAUGCUCAAGCCUGUGCUCGUCUCUUUGAAGCUCAUCAACUACCAAAGGAAAUGGUGCCAAGUACUCUCUACAAAUCGGCCGAAGUUAUGAUUGCUUUGGUUCCAACUAUGCCACUUCGUGAUCUUUUAGAUUCUAUUAUUCGCUUAAGUUGUGCUGGACUUCUCAAGACAGGAGAACCCCUUGAAGCACUCAUAAUUGAUCGUCUUGUUGAUCAAACUGCUAUUGUUGAGUCCCAGCUCCACCCAACUGAAGUGUAUUGUUCAAUUAAGCAAUAUGAAAAUCAUGCCAUAAAUACUCAUAUUCUGAUGGAAAAACUUAGAAAGCAAGGGAAAACAGAAAAACCUUUGAAACCAGCACCAAAACCAAAUGCUAAGAUAAUCUCAGCUUUGAAUAAAUUGUUGGUCUCGACGUUCAAGCUGCUUGUUCCAACUGGAAUGAGAUAUCUUCUGGCCCUGGAUUUGUCAUCAAACAUGCAAACCUGGAAAUGUAAUGGAGAAAGGGAUGUGAAACCAGCUGAGGCAGCAGUGCUUUUGGCAUUGUGCCUUCUGAAUGCUGAGAGGGAAGUGACGGUUGCUUCAUUCCCACCAGUGCUGGGUGCACCACCUGAAGAAGAAUUAAUUGAUCCGGUCAACCCAGUCCUCAUGACAGUAUCCCGACGUGGGAAAAAGAAACUUGGAGAAACUAUUUAUCCCCGCAAAACUGAACUUCAGCCUAUGGUCCCUUUGCAGUUGGACAAGGAAUUAUCUGUUCCUGCGAAUUUGGAAAAAGCUAAGGAGCCUCUGCUGGGUCCUGUUGAAGUUUGUCAGCCUAUUGUCUGGGCCCAGCAAAUCAAAAAACCAGUUGAUGUAUUCAUAGUUAUCACAGACUAUGUCACUCUACGUAAACGAGAGUUCUUGGAACCAUCUGCAGCUUUACAGGAGUACAGACAAGUAAUGAACUUGCCAAACACAAAGUUUAUCACCUGUGCUCUUGUAGCAAAUACUCUGGAUGUUGCUGCCCACAACGAUCUUGGUAUGCUUGAUAUUGUUGGUUUUAAUGGAAAAGUGGCACGUAUCAUCGAGGCCUUCUCCCGUGGAGCUUUUUGAUUGGGCCCUUCUAACAAAGGAUUUUCAGUGGUCUCAAUAGAAAUGGUCAACUUCAAAUUUGUUGUAAUUUAAGUUUAAAGUGGGUUUUAAAAAUAUUUUAAGUUUUGACUCGCGUAACCUGAACCUGGACUUAAAGCAUUUAUAGUAUUGAUUAUCAUUUUUGAUAUGCAUGUGAUGAUAGAAGCGAAGGCGAACAGAUUUUGUUUUAAAGUCAUUUGCACCUUGUGUAAAAUGUGCUUAACAUCCAUCGUAGAUUCACUCAAUCUUGGAGCAUAAUGUGUUCACCUUUGGUUCUAGUUUACCUCUUGUUAUGAAUCUUUUGGAAUCUCUCAGAUGUGAAGGUGAAAUUUAAAUUUAUUCUCUCAGCAUGGUUCAAAACUGAAGGAUAGCAAGAUAAUAUUUAAAAGCAUUUGAGAAAUUUUGAAGUUCAAGUCCAACAUUUAUAUAAUGUUACAGAUUUGUUUCUUUGGAAAAGGGAAUUCUUUUUGGUGGUUUCGUUAUUUAUUUUCUUUUGUGUAUACUUUGAAGGUUGUUCAGCUUAAUGUUUUUUAAGCUAAACAUAGGUAUAUAUUCUUUUUAGUAAUUGAUGAAUUGCCCCACCCUUAGUGCCAGCAAUUGAAUGUUGUUCUAGCAGUUACUGUACUGCUAAUCUUUUUCUCUUUUUUUUUUUUUUUUAUAUUUUUGUAAAGUAUUUAUGGUGUAUUUUUCUCUAAGACCAACCAGAAUUCCUGAAGUAAUAAACAUGUUUGUGAUUAUCAUUGUAGUACUAAAUAGUGAGCCAUAGAACGUGAGUAAUUUACAUUCUUAUUCUUCAAGGUCUGUAGUGGAAUUGCUCUGAUGGGCUCCACAUGAGCGUACAAAGCAAGUUGGCUGUAAAAGUCUGAAACUAAAUCCAUAAUCGCUUUAGAACUUUGUGAUAUUUUUAUAGUCUUAUCAAAACACAGCCAAAGCAGUUCAAGUGUGCAUUUAUCACUUUCUGAACUUCAUUAACAAUUCAGCUUAGUACACUUGUAGUGCUGUAGGGUACUUUGUUAUAGAUAAUUCACAAGGUCAAGUUCUUUGACUGUAACAUUUGCUGUAAUUGGUGAUUUUUGAGACGAUAACCUAAUUAAUUUCUUUAUUUUUUAUACAAGGACAAAUCAUUAGUUAGAAAGUAGGAGAAAAAGCUCUCUUCAUCCCCUAUUUCCCCCCAUUAUUACUUGUCUUAAAUUCUUGCCUUUUAUUGUUUACAAAGUGUUAAAUAGGCUUUAGUAUGAUUGAAAUAUUGUGAUAGAGUUGUAGCUAUGGUAAAAAAACAAUGUGGAGGCCAAAGUCAGGGUCCUGAAAUGCCUUCCAGGCCAAUUAUUUUGUAUUUUAGUUAUGGUGACACCCAAGAAGCACUUAAAAUCUGAAUAAAAUGCUCUCUGCUUCAA